AUGCCUCAGCGCAGCCCCAAGCCGGCCGACGGCCUCGACUACAGGGCCAUCGCAAAGCAGUUCGCCAAGGCAAAAGCAGCCCGAGAAGCCCGCGAGGCCCGGGACGCAGAGGCCAUCGAGAAGGGCCUGCCGACGGAGAAAGAGCAGACGGAGAUUCUCGAGCGCCAGCGCGAGCGGCUCAACGCCCGCCGGAAAAGGGCGUACGAGCGGCGAUGGUGGUGGACGGCGGCCUUUUGGGCGUGGCUGCUGGCGGUGCACGGCGUGGGCAUCUGGCUGUUUGCCAGCGGCUUCCUGCUGACGAGGCUGGUGCUCGAGGACAAGUCGAGCUGCGCGGCGCCGCCGGUCGAGGCGUCGUCGUCGUUGUCGUCGGGGGCGACGCUGGACGUGGCCGGGGGCUGCUGGCAUCCGCGGCAGUUUGACCGCGCCGUGGUGAUUCUGAUCGAUGCGCUGCGCUACGACUUUACCGUUCCCGAGGACCCGGCGACGGCGCAUGCCUUUCACAAUGCGCUGCCCUUCUUGUACGACACGGCCGUCGAGGCGCCGCAGAAUGCCUUCCUGCGGCCGUUCAUUGCGGAUCCGCCGACGACGACGCUGCAGCGGCUCAAGGGCCUGACGACGGGCACGCUGCCGACGUUUAUCGAUGCCGGGAGCAACUUUGCCGGGACGGCCAUUGACGAGGACAAUCUGCUGAUGCAGCUGCGGGAUGCCGGGAAGAAGAUUGCCCAUCUGGGAGACGACACCUGGUGGUCCCUGUUUCCGGACCACUUCGAGGCCAACAUCAGCAAGGCGUACGACAGCUUCAACGUCUGGGACCUGCACACUGUCGACAACGGCGUCAUUGACAACAUCUUUCCGCUGCUGGAGACGUCUCGGGAUGGUCAGUGGGAUCUCCUGAUCGGGCACUGCUUGGGCGUGGACCAUGCGGGACAUCGAUACGGCCCCGAUCACGCCGCCAUGACGGCCAAGCUGCAGCAGAUGAACGAGUUCAUCACCAAGGUGGCGGCAUCCAUCGACGACGACACGCUGCUGAUUGUCAUGGGCGACCACGGCAUGGACGGAAAGGGGGAUCACGGGGGAGAGAGCGACGACGAGGUCGAGGCCGCUCUGUGGAUGUACUCGAAGCGGCCUCUUUUCGGGAGGACGUCUCCCGAGUUUGCUGUUCCGCCGGCGAAUGCCAAGAUUCGACCCGUCAACCAGAUUGAUCUGGUGCCGACCCUUGCGCUGCUGCUGGGCAUCCCCAUCCCGUUCAACAACCUCGGCAAGCCCAUCGAAGAGGCCUUUGCGGGCCGCAAGGGCAACGACUGGGCCAACCUCGCCGCCGUUUCGCGGCUUGCGGCCGCGGGGAUUGAGAGAUACCGGCAGUCGUACUUCAAGGCCCGCGGCAUUUCGCAGACGGAGGAGCCAGGCUCCCCUGCUGCUCUGUGGACGCUGGCCAAUGCUGCUGGGCUGAGCGACAAGGACGCCUACCAUGCACUGACGGCGUUUGAGAUGGAGACUCUCCAGGUGUACAAGAGGCUGUGGGCUCGGUUUGACGUCCCGCGGAUGGUCGCGGGCGUGUUUGUCACCGCCGUUGGCCUUGUGAUGCUGGUCAUGUACGCGUCGAGGCCUGCAGACGACGAGUUUGUCGUGGCCAACGAUGCCGAGCUCGACUACGCCGAACGGCGGCUGGAGCUGAUGAACCUCAAGCACGAGGACGAGGAGGUGCAUCCGGACCAGCACUUCCACCAGAAGCUCGUGGGCGGACUCGCGGACGCGCGGGUGCUGUUCGUCGUUGGCGUCUUGAUCGCCGUGGGGCUGUACCGCAAGCAGCCGCUGGAUGGGCUCGCCGCCCUCGUCGUCACGCUGCUGAUUACGGGCGUCAUCUCUGCGCUGUCCACCUCUGGCAAGACGCUGCUCAACGCCUUGCCUCGCACGUUCUGGGGCUGGCUGUCUGUUCUUCUUACGCUGAGCCACUCCAUCGGCUUUGCCUCCAACAGUUACACCAUCUGGGAGGACUCCAUCCUGCUCUUCUUCAUCGCCACGUUUGGACUCGCCGCACUCGUGUCCUCGCUGCGCAUCGAGUCCAAGGUGGACCGCACAAUGGCCAUCUACCACGCCGUCACCUUCAUCGUCAUCGGGCGGCUGGCGUCGUACUCGAAGCUCUGCCGCGAGGAGCAGAUGCCCUACUGCACCUCGACGUACUACGCAUCCGUCACGUCCUCCACCUCUGCGCCGUGGCAGCUCGUCAUCCCCUUUGCCGUCUUCAUCGUGCUGCCCGACGUCAUCAGGGCGUUCCUGAUGCCGUCCAAGUCGUACGAGGGCCUCGCGCCGACGUGGAUCGGAUACUUCUUCCGCGGCGGCCUCUUCCUCUCGGCCCUCUACUGGACCAUUGACGCCGCCAGCAACGGCGGCUGGCUCGCCGACAAGGUCUCCGAGGGCACCCUCAAGUCCGCGGGCGUCUACCUCGCCCAGGUCGUCCUCGCCCUCUCCCUCAUCGCCGGCUCGACCUCGUUCGCGUGGGCCCCGCCCAACAUCUCCAUCCUCUCCACGUCCGCCAAGUCGGGCCAGCUCGUCACCAUCCUGGGCUACGGCAACGCCAUGGGCGCCCGCUACCUGUUCCUGCCGCUCAACCUCCUCGCCGCCUGCAUCCUCGUCACCAAGCCCAUGGGCUCCGGCGCCCUCGCCCUCAUGAUGUGGCAGGUGCUCUGCCUCGCGGAGAUCGUCGACCUCAACCAGCUCCGCGGCGAGGCCAUCGGCCCCGUCAUGCUCGCCGUCCUCGGCAACUUCUACUUCUUCAAGACGGGCCACCAGGCCGUCCUGUCCAGCAUCCAGUGGGACAGCGCCUUCAUCCCGCUCUUCUCCAUCCGCUACCCCUGGUCGCCGCUCGUCGUCGCCCUCAACACCUUCGCGGGCCAGAUCCUCGCCGCCGCGUGCGUCCCCUUGCUCGUGCUGUGGAAGGUCGGCCCCAAGCAGCGCGGCUUGCUCGAGACGACGGCGCGCGCGCUGGCCGUCUUUGUGGCGUAUUUCGCCGUCGAGGCGCUGGCGACGAUGAGCUGGGCUGGCUGGUUGAGGCGGCAUUUGAUGCUCUAUCGGGUGUUUUGUCCGCGGUUCAUGCUCGCUGCGCUGGUGCUCGUCGUCAUGGAUCUCGUGGGGGUUUUGGUUGCGCUCGUGGGACUGAGGAGUAAUACCUUGGCGGUGUGUGAGGUCUUUGGAUGGGCAGAGUGA